GAGUCUUGCUCUGUCACCCAGGCUGGAGUGCUAUGACACGAUCUUGGCUCAAUGCAACUUCCGUCUGCUGGGUUCAAGCGAUUCUCUUGCCUCAGCCUCCCGAGUAGCUGGGGCUAAUGGCAUGUGCCACUACGCCUGGCUAAUUUUUGUAUUUUUAGUAGAGGCAAGGUUUCACCAUGUUGGCCAGGCUGCUCUUGAAUUCCUGACCUCAGGUGAUCCGCCUGCCUCAGCCUCCCAAAGUGUUGGGAUUACAGGUGUGAGCCACCACACCCGGCCAGUUUUCUUGUCUAUAAAAUUCUUCUUAUCUGCUAGGUUUGUCUUGAGAAUUAAGUAUUAUAGCAGCUUAAACAGGACCUGGCAUAUGGAAAGCAGGUUAUAAAUGGUAGAUAAUGUUAUUAGCAAGAUGACAAACUAGAGUUCCAAAAUUACUUAAAAUUCUAGUCCUGCUGAGAAAUAAAAUUGUAUUUUUAAUCAUUCAAGUGCAAUUUAUAGUUUAACAUUAUAUACUUAAAGUCAGUUUCUGAAUUCAUUCAUUGAGCAAAUAUUUAUUGUAUCCCUACUAUGUGCCAGGCACUGAUCCUGGCACAGGAGAAUCAGUGAUGAACGAAACAGAGAGAAGUGCUUGCCCUAUGGGGCUGAACUUCUACCUCAAAGGUCUUGCGCUACAGUGGAAGCAGAAGAGGGGCUCAGAGGUGGAAGGUUCUUGUUCUAGUCUGAAGUCAGAAACAAAACAACUUGUUGACUCAAGGGAUGUUGGGUAUGGAAUCAGGGAUUACUUUUAAGAUCUCAGGCGGCCAAAUGGAAGGAAGGAUUUGCCACUAAUGAACCUGGGAAAACCAUGGGGAGAACAGUUUGGGAAUGGUCAGGAAUUCAGUUUUGUGCCAUGACAGGUCUGAGCUAUCCAUCAGUGAUGCCAAGUCAGCAGACAGAAACACAACUUGGGAGCUCAGGGGAGAGGGCUGGGCAAGAGAUUUAAGCUGAGGGGUCAUAAGACUUACCUAGGAGAGUCUCUGGACUUAAAAGAUUAAUAUCCCUUUAAUGUCCACAUCAGAAGUGGAUAGUAAUGUUGAUAAACUAUAUUUCUAUUUACACGUCUACUUUCCUAGCGUCUUUUUUAUAUAAGAAAUUCUGCCUUCAUUAAAGGUCUAUAGCUAACGAAAGUUGCUUCCAGUUCAGAAGUUUUCCUUCUAAAGCAGGCAAUUAAUAUUUUAUAGGAUUAUUGUUUUCAUCAAGGCAAAAAAAUAAUCAACAUGUUUUGAGAAUAGAAAUGUACAUUAAAUGUACAUUAAAGCAUGCUUAACCCAUUUAUCCUCCAGCCAGCUUCCUUAUGCUAGAGGUUAGAGUGGGGAGCAGCCGGGUCCCUCCAUCUGCCAUCAGUCAGCCUCACAAAGCUUAUGUCUGCACUAACAACCACGGCGACCCCCAAAACAAGCCAGGAUGCUGGAGGGCCCUGGUGAGGUGUCUUCUGAUGCAGCACUAAUGACACUGCUGUGACUAUUAGUGUCUGCAAUUCAACUCAACUUCUUCCAGUAUUUAUUUAUGCACUGAAUUGUUUGUAUUUCCCAUGAAAUAAAAUAAAAGAACAAAGCCAGUACACAUAAAGCUUACAACGACUUAGAGAGGUAAGACUUAACGUGUAAUCAAUACUAUGGCUGAAAAGCAAACCCACAGAUGUUAGACUUAGAAAAGAGGGAAAAGAGUAUCUUGCUCAAUGCAAAACUUAGGAUUAAAACAAACAAAAACGAAAAAUCCAGAUAACUGAAACAUGUGUUUGUUUAUUUACUACUUUUAAAGAAAUGAUUAAAGUCUAACAUGGUUAUUAACAGUUGUUAAAUUUAAAAAUCCAAUAAUAAAAUUAUCUUCUUUCUGUAUAAUGGCUAUGAAUUUAUAACUUGUAGAAUAAAACUCACUGAGGAAGAAAAAAAUGAGAACCCAAAAGGAUGGCAGUGAAAUCCAUCUGUACCAUUAUUCAUGGGCUACAACCUCAGUAUCUGAUCACAGUCUUAUCUGAUGUGUCUCAUCACAUCAUUUUGGGUAAUUUAUUCAUAACAUUUCCUGAAUCUCUAUAGUUAUACUCCACAAAUCUAAGUGGAAGCAAUAACAAGAAAACUCAGGGCACCACACACACAAAAAUACCUAUAGGUUUAGUGAUCAGAUUCUAGUCAAAAGUUGUUGCUGGGUUUUCUUUUUUCUUUUAUUGAAAAAAAUACAUGUUAAAAAACUUUCUUCUGAAUGAUUAUUUUGAAAAUUAACAAUUUUAUGAAUCCAGGUUCCAGACGAGUCAAGAAUACCAUGGAAAAAAGGGAGUCUCAACUCUCAUUUGCAAGGCACGACAUAGUUAAAAAUAUUUCAGACCACAUUCUUGAACUGAGGACAUAAAAUAAUACAUUAUAUCUUUCAACACAGAGAAAAUUUCAAAAAUAAAUUAUAACUAUGUGACUAAAACAUUAUAUUAAAAGAAAAGAAGGCCUUUUUGUGAGCACCCAAAUAAUUCCUCCUCUGUACACAGUGACACAAAAGCAUUUUUAGCUUUCAGGUUUCAACAAAUCCUGUUGAAACAACAAUUCCCUCCCUUCCCCGCCUCUCCUUUCUUAAUUCUCCCACAUCUCAAAAAAUGAGAUGGAGAACCUGGUAUUUAUCUUCUAACACCAUCAGCAGUUUUUACCUCUUAGAUUUCUACGUUGUCCUUUAUUUGCUUUUUUCAAGUUAACUUAUUGGAGCUUUAUAAACAUAUCCAGAAUUUCUGAAAUAAGCCUCACGUAUAUGGUUUUUCUUCACCAUAACUAACUGAGGUUAAUUUGAAGACAACUGACCGAAGGAGUUAAGACAGUGAAGGCUACUGACAAAAGGUAUGGUAAAUAAAACCUGUCUUAAUGCUUAGAGAUCUAAGAAUAGGUCUUUCGGUAUUAUUUAGUUCGAAUUAUAAGCAGUAAAUCUGCUUUUAAAUAUUAUUUUUGAUAUAAAUAAAUCUUGUCUGGAAAGCUGACUUUACAUUUUAGUGAAAUCUACAACAGACUUUCUGUUGGCGAGUAGUUCAUAAACUGAAGGUGCUUGCGUUCUGUUCUGUGUGCACUGUGUUUUGGGACCAUGAGAGAGUUUUCACUGUAGACCAUGUAAGUGUUUACAUGCGACCCCUUCCCUCUGCUUCUGCUUGCCUUCACAGUAUUUCUCUACCACCACCACCACAGCCACUGGAACAAAGUGUGCCUUUAUUCUCUAUGAGAUAGAAAUUUUGAGAGAACAGGCCACAAACGGUAUUAUACUUGUGGCUGGAGGGUAAAGCGCAAUGCAGCUAAAAUGCCAGUAUAUUUGUAUGAGCAGAAAGUGACCUUCAUUUGGAGAACAAAUUCUUUCUACAUAAGUUCUCUACGUAGAAAAAAAAGCAUUUGAAUCCAAUAUUCAACAGUAAGCAAGCACUAUGCUAAUUAAAUGCCAUGUCAUAUUGUUUACACUGAUUUUGGCUGUCUGUAAUUGAUCACUGCCAGUACUUGUUAAUCAUGAUGAACAAACUGUCUUCAUGUCUGAAAUAUACUGAAAGUUAUAAAAUGUAUCAGUUAAUGUGAAGAAAAGGAUUAUAAUUGGUAAGCUGAACAUAGAUUGACAACAAAGGUUAUUCAGUCAAAGUAGAAAGAAAGAGAGAGGGAGAGAGAAAAGUGAGCAAGCAGAUGCUGUUAGAAAAUGUUCCAGCAACCCCACACUUGAAGAAUCCCUAAGCUGAAAAUGGUCCAGAGGCAGUAAUUUAGCAAGCUGGCUGGAGUCUGAAAUGCUAAAACCUAAACUUGAAAACAGCUAUUAUAAAACUGUAAACAUGUGCUUGAUUUUUUUUCUAGAAACUUUAACUUUUGUUCUAUUUUGGUCUGAGUUUGGAAAACAGAAAAGAAACUGUAUGAUAGCAGGUGAAUCCUAGGCACACUGAUGUCUACAGAUAAGUCUGACUCUUAAGAACUUAAAAUCCUAGGGAAAUCCUUUUCUAAAAUGGUAAGAUUUACAUUUUCAGAUUAUGAACAAAAACAGAACAGCACAAUCCAGAUAGUCUAGGAUCUAACGUCUUAGAGAAUCAAUGUUUGUAGCCAUGCAAAGUUUAUACUUUAAAUAUAGGCAAUGGAUUAGUACUAUUUCAAAUAUUUAACCAAAGCCAGGCGUCAAUCUCCUUGCUGAGUCAUCUGAAGCUGAGCCAUGUGGCCUAUUAACAUCCUCUACAGUCCUUUUUUUCCUUGGUGGGGAGGGGAGUGGGUGAAGUAGACAGUUAAUGGUGCUUUUUGCCUCCAGAUACAGUGUUUUCCCUGGUUCCCAUGGGAAACACACAGGGGGAGAAAGAAUUUCAGCAGGAAGUGUGGUAAAAGGGGAAAGGAUGCGGGAUGACCCUGUGAGGUAGGAGGGGUGGAGAGAGAUCUGGACGCUGCAGGUUGGCUGCUGAAGACUGUAUGACAUGGGGUGAUAUCCUGUCUGAACAUCCUGAUCUGAAAAAGCAAGGAUGCUUGAGAUUGUCUGUCUGAGGUUUCUUUCAGCUCCAAGAUUCUACGAAAAUAAAUCAGCCCAAGGAAGGAAGAGAAAAAGGGAAAAGAUCCAAAUAAUUUUAAACAUCAAUUGUCACAAUACACAAGAAAUAAAAAUACUAAUAAUGAUGUCAAUUUUAAAUUACUGAGGACUUUCUGUGGCUUAAAUAUUGUUCUAAGCCCUUAAGAUGUAUUAACUUAUUUAACCCUAUGAAAGAAGUAUUCCAAUCCUCCCCAUUUUCCAGAAGAGGAUACUGAGGCACAGAGAGGUAUAAAGCUAAGAACUGGCCCAGGUGUCUUUGACUCAAAAGCCUGUAUCACCUUUUGUAAAAUACAUAUGAAUCACGACAGAGCCACUUUAGCAUACCAUUCAAAAUUAACUCAGAAUGACAAAGAAAGUCAGUACUGCAGUAUUUCAGAAACCAUUACAUUUUUCUUAAAUAAGGCAGUAAGCAGCGCCAGAUGGGCUAGAUAGGGGAACAGGAAUAGAAAGAUGGAAUCAAAAGCCUUUUUGUUUCUUAAAACACAGCCAAGCCACAAAGUAGGUGUAGUCUUUUCCUUCCUCUUAAAAAUAAACAAAGAAAAUAAAGGGUUAAUUUAUUUCUGGUAUCCUUUCAUAUACAACUAAUGAUGUGGUUAUUUCUGGUAUGUAUUUUUGAGAUCUGCCAUCACUACUUCCGAAUUGUUCAGAAUAGUUGGCUUCAUUUGGGCCAGGAAAUGAUUCUGGUCCCAAUUAGAAAGGACCUCAUGUUCUUAUAUACAAAAAACAGUGGCUUAAUUGUUUUGAGUACCAGGCACCUGAAGUAAAACAAGUACUAACCUCAGUCAGGAUUUUGCAAGAGGUAUUAACUAGAACUUAGGGAUAACCAUGCCAGUGACUUAGACUUCUUUCCGCUGCUGUCCUUCCUCCUCAAAUGGUUCACUUGGGCUAUGUACCUGGCACUGUGGGUGUGUCAUAAAGAUCGGUUUAUGAAAGCCACUUCUUAAAUACUUUUCUAAAAUGUAUUUAUAAACCAUCUUUAAAAGGUGGCCUUAAUUUAUUUUCUUCCUUAUUAUGUACUGAGUAUUUUCAUUAAAAAUAAAAUCAUUUGGGCGAGGCGUGGUGGCUCACGCCUGUAAUCCCAGCACUUCGGGAGGCCGAGGUGGGCGGAUCACGAGGUCAGGAGAUCGAGAUCAUCCUGGCUAACAGGGUGAAACCCCAUCUCUACUAAAAAUACAAAAAAAAAAAAAAAAUUAGCCGGGCAUGGUGGCGGGCGCCUGUAGUCCCAGCUACUCGGGAGGCUGAGGCAGGAGAAUGGCGUGAACCCGGGAGGUGGAGCUUGAAGUGAGCCGAGAUCGCGCCACUGCACUCCAGCCUGGGUGACAGAGCGAGACUCCAUCUCAAAAAAAAUAAAAAUAAAAAGUAAAAUCAUUUGAAAAACCUAUAAUGCUAUUAAAAUUCUUUAUCAGAUACUAUAGCUGGAAUUUCAAAUGUCUAAAUCUCCUAACAACGUACAUGUCCACGCUACAGUUUCAGCAUAUGUUGAGUUUUAAAAAGAAUUAAGUGGGCAACUGCUUUCUUUAUGCCCUGUAUCAACACCACCCAUGCAUAUCACUCAGACCAGUCUUCAAGGCCUGGUGGGAGCUUUUCUCCUCCGGCCUACAGCAUCCUCAUCUGCUUGGGGGCUGGAGAAGGGGGGUACUCAGGUGUGUUCUUGGCUCCUACUCUAAAGGGAAGCCUUUUGUUUACUUACUUUCUUUCCCUCAAUCCUGGUUUUGCCUUCUUUCCUUAGGCUUUGUUAUUUGGUUCUCUACUGCACAGAAAUAGAUAGAAUUCUGACAGCCAUCAUUGUUAAGCAUCAGGAUUUUCUAAGAGGACAGACUUAACAGUAACAUCAUGGCCUCAGCAGGACUCCAGCUCCUUGCUUUCAUCCUGGCCUUAUCCGGGGUCUCUGGAGUGCUCACAGCCACUCUGCUGCCCAACUGGAAGGUGAAUGUGGAUGUGGACUCCAACAUCAUAACAGCCAUUGUACAGCUGCACGGGCUCUGGAUGGACUGUACGUGGUACAGCACUGGGAUGUUCAGCUGUGCCCUGAAACACUCCAUUCUGUCCCUCCCCAUCCACGUGCAGGCUGCGAGAGCCACCAUGGUCCUGGCGUGUGUUCUGUCUGCUUUGGGGAUCUGCACUUCCACAGUAGGAAUGAAAUGUACUCGCUUAGGAGGGGACAGAGAAACCAAGAGCCAUGCUUGCUUUGCUGGAGGAGUCUGUUUCAUGUCUGCAGGAAUCUCUAGUUUAAUCCCGACAGUGUGGUACACAAAGGAGAUCAUAGCAAACUUUCUGGAUCUAACAGUUCCAGAAAGCAACAAACAUGAACCUGGAGGAGCUAUCUAUAUCGGAUUCAUUUCCGCAAUGCUGUUGUUUAUCUCUGGCAUGAUUUUCUGCACCUCCUGUAUAAAAAGGAAUCCAGAAGCUAGACUCGACCCACCCACGCAGCAGCCUAUCUAUAACACACAGCUCGAGAACAAUUCCACACACAAUCUGAAGGAUUAUGUGUAAAUAACUGAGUAAUGCAUAUGAAAUGGAACUUUUGGGUGCCAAAUGGGACUUUUAGAUUAAAAAAAAAUCAGAAUUAUGCUUAACUUUCCCUACAAAGGAAGUAGAAUGUAAAAUACUUUAACAACUACAAGGUAGUUUAAAAUGCCAAUAAAACUAUCAUACACAAUUA